UACACGGCACUGCUCAUUUUAGGAGUUUAUACAAGUUUGGGACAGUGCUGUACUUGAACUUUGUUCUCAGAGACGCAACAGAUGGCGAGAAAACCUGCAGUGUAGACUAAAAGUAUUCGGCGAGCUGGCUUGCAGAGACGCGCAAACUUCCCAACAUCUGGUGUGCUGGAGGACGGGGCGAGCCGGAGAGAGAAACUUUGGAGGCGGAGAGAAAACUAUCUUCGCUGGAGAAAAAUGCAUUGAAUUGGGAGCUUGGGGCCACCUGCAUGAGUCGAAAGGAGAUUCGGUGGUCGUGUAAAUUGACAAGAGUGGAGGGAAAGAGGACGGGAAAGGUCUCGGAGGGCGAGAAGUCCACCUGGAGCGGUCAGAGAAUGAAUUAGUCAAAGGUUUGGCUGCAGCGCGCCCCCAUCCAGAGAGAAGGCUCACUCCUUGGCCCCUCCACCUCCUCCCAUAAGAGCCAGGCCUAUGUCCAUGGAUGAGGAGAAGAGUGCCCCUGCCAUCUCCCCAGAGACACCUGAUGAUGGGGACCCAAAUCUAACAGCUCCACAAACCAGUUCACACACAACCUCAACCGCAGAGAGAGCGAACAGCUGCCCAAACCCAAAACCCUGUCCUAGUGCAGAUGUGGCCCACAUCUAUACUGAGCCCCUAAUACUGAGGUCAAAUGGCACCCCAGAAAGUUUGCCAGGCGAUGAUGGAGACAAGUGGAUCAGCAGCCUUUCACACACGGAGCUCACAACACCCAGCAAGAGUAUUACAUCUCAGCCAGCAGCCAGAUCCACGCCCAUCCACCAUACCCAGCUGUGUCGGACACAGCCCAGCAGCCAAAUGCGCAACGGAGCCAAGCACCACACACACACACACUCCCCUCACACGCACUGUCCGCAUCACACGCCUCACACACAUGCCCUCCAAUCCAACGGGGUCCGUAAUGGGGGGCAUCCUAAGCUUGGCUCCCUCCCAAGAGGUGGCUCAUCCACCUCCUCGUCCUCUUCAGCAGGUCCCAAACACACCAAGAAAUUGCAGUCCAACCCUUCCAUCACCUCCCAGAGCAGCAAGAGGAGCAAGAGCAGCUCCAAAAGCAACAGUUCCCAGAUUCCCACAGAGGCGCAGGACGACUGCUGUGUUCACUGUAUUCUGGCCUGCCUCUUUUGUGAGUUCCUAACUCUGUGUAACAUCAUGCUGGACUGCGCCACCUGCGGCUCCUGUGCAGGGGACGACUCGUGUUUCUGCUGCUGCUGUGCGUCGGAGGAGUGUGGCGACUGUGACCUGCCCUGUGACAUGGACUGUGGCAUCAUCGAUGCCUGCUGUGAGUCUGCAGACUGCCUGGAGAUCUGCAUGGAGUGCUGCAGCCUUUGCUUCUCCUCCUGAGACCCCUAGCUACCACCGGGGAGGGGGGAAUUAGAUAUCUGCUACACACUCCCACUAGGAAACUUUGACCAGUGUCUUAUCAGAGCUGAGAAGUGCUACACCCAGCCUUUGUUGCCUGAGCUCUGUGGUUUACACUAUAUUGGCUGGCCUAUUUGGCUUCACAAUAUGUCCAAUGUUUCAUACAGGGUUUGCCAAGAAAAAGAUUUGACCUAAUGCUGAGAACAGUCACUGGUGAAUUCUUUCUUCCUUCACUGAUCCAGUGGUGGGACAGUAGCCUCUCCUCGCUUGUCUUUGCUGUUGGUCCAUUUCUUCACAGCUGCGUGUACGGUGCAGAGUGGGUUCCAGCUGCAGUCCACGAGUGUCUGUCAGGCAAUGCAGACUAGGCCUCUGAACCCUCAUAGAGCAAGCUAUUAUUACAAUGGAGCCCCUUUUGCCAUCUGAAUGACUGGAGUUCUCCAAGCAUGAAAAACGACCUCCAAAGGCAAAUGAGAAAAUGGCUCCAUUUAACCGGAUUUUAGUGUUUCUGUAGAUAAGAGCAGCAGCAUAAUGGGAAAAUGGAGACUCAGAUCUUAGUAGAAAUGUGGUCUGUCCUCCUGUCCUUGGCAAUGUUAAAGUCGCCCACUUUGAUUGCGUGCAGUGGCCUUUGCGACACUGCGAGGAUGAUGAAUCCGCCGCUGUCUUGUUGCAAUGUACAAAAUAGAGAAAAAAUUAAUGGUGGCUUGUGGCAAUAUUACAGACAAAUUUCUUUUGUUAAUAUGCAUCUCACUUUAACGGACUUAUUCAGAGAAGAACCAUGAGAGCGUCAUAAAUUAGCCUGAAGAUAGGUCCCAUUAAAAGAGUACUGUAAGAGAUGGACAUCAGAGAGCGAAUGGUUGAUAGCAUCUGUCAUGGACACAUUCUCUAUUCUAACAUGUGAAGGGAGAGAGUUGUUAAUCAAAAGUCUCUCCUCGUUUAAUGUUUCACAUCCUGUUUACUUUUUUUAUUUUGAGGUGCUUCGGCUGUGUUCAGUGAAUUCUUCCUCGUCUGAAUGGUCAGAACUGGUAAAAGACUGGUAGAGGAUUGGAAGGCAUCAUCUCUUUUAGAAUACAUUUAAUUUUUCUUUGUCAUUUUUGCUAUGUGAACAAAUGGCCUUGGCUUAGCUUACGGCCUGAAUUUUCAAGUAGAUUCCUCGCCUUUACCAAAUCUCUAUUAAUCCUUGUUUUGUAGAUUUUAGUUAAGAUAUUUGCAUUUCUCCUCUAAUGUGAAAAUCACAUUUCUGUUAUCAGGUUUUGCCGGGCGCUCUGUAAAGCAGACAUUGCUCAACAUCUAAUUGAAUUCCUUGAGUGAAAAUCUCACAACAUUAUGCUAAGUUUGAUCCAUAUGCUCGUAGGAUGAAUGGUAUGCUUUUGAUAACAGGCCCACAUGCUGGUAUGCUCAGAUUCAUACCUUCUCCAACCCAUUACCUCUUGAGAUGUCACCUAGAUCUGUUGUGCAUUUUAAAAUGACUUGAUACAAAUCGCUCUUCUCUCUGAUCAAAUACUGUUUGUGCAAUCCUUUUAUUCUUGGAAAUACCAAAGAGUUUUCCUCUUACUGGACCUUAGUUUCUAGACCUAUAAUUACUUGUACAUUGAAGGGUUUUUGCUAUGCUGAUGUGGCUGUGGUUGAUUAAACCCUAUUUUAAGGGCUGAAAUAUAUAACACUGUUGAUUAAGAAUAUACACUAAGGCUGUACCUGAUAACAUCAAAGCAGAAAAUGCAAGUUCUUUGGAAAUCAACUAAUGCAACUUGAGAAGAUAUUAUAUCAGAUUGGACAUGUUGCAAAUUUUGGGACACGCACAAACUCAACUGAGACAAAAUCCUGGAGAGCCCUGGAAAACAAUGCAAUUCUUUAUAGUACAGAGAGAUGUAUGAAUGGAGAACUGGAUUAUGUAAGGUUAUGUGAAAGUGACAACAAUGUCAUUUGUUUUACAAGAAAUUCCAAGUAGUGCAGAUUCUUACAAUGGGGCUUCAUCUAGGGACAUGUUCUCUGUCAUCAGACAAACCUUGUCAUAAAAAAGAACAGGAGUGCUUUGUGGAAAAUAUCCAGGGUUUGUGCAUGGGCCAGGCUAACCCAUAUGAAACCAAAAUAAAAAUUCCCUCCUGAAUAAUAGGAGGUCAAUCAUUAUAAAUAAUAAAAACUGGAAUACAAAGUGUACAAAGUGUACACAUUGAGCCUAUAAUGUUAACUAGCUUCAGAAUCAACAAGUUAAUUUUAGCAUAACUGAUCUCCACUGUUGAUAAUGGCAUGACUCCUCUGCCUUAGCCUGGAGGUGUUAAAAUAAACAGUUCACCUUGAUUUUAUGUAAACUGCUUUGUUAAGACAAGCAGGAAUAUGAAUACAUAUAAUCAUAGCUAUAGUAGCCAUAGUUUCCUACUGGCCAGUUUUACUGCUAAAACAAUAGGUUCCCUGUUUUUUAACCCAACCCAAAUGACAUGUUGUUUCCUAUUAUUUAUGACUGUGCAUAACCACAACCUCACUCACUCCAGUUCAAAUUUCAAGAUUCUUACCAUUCUGCUGCAGCUUCUCACUGGGCUCAAACGCAGUCCAAAGGGGCAGUCUUUGACCGGGACAAAUCCAGUUUUCAAAAAUGGGAAGCUCAGAGACAGGCUUGUAUGUGGUCUCAAACCUUGCUCUCUGUUAUGUUGAACUGAGUCAAGUUUGCUCAAAUUCCUGUUUCCAGCACAGAUGUAACUGGAGAAAUAAAAUAAACAAAAACCUACCUGGUGACGGACAGCAUGGCUUUGCAGCUCUCCUUUUAGCCGUAGAUCAUAUAAACAGGUCUGACCCUCAUGUGAAGUUCCUGGUUUCCAAAAGUAGCCUCACCUGGGUUUUUGAAGAGGUAAAAAUUUCUCCUGUUGGUCUGUAUAGUGCAGUGAAAAGGUGCAGCUGAGUGGUAAGUCUGUCAAUACUACAGCUGGGGUUUUCUAAGCAACAUAAAUCAUGUGAAACAACAUUUUAAUAAGGGCUAGAAAACAGUGAACACAUCGUUUAAGUUUAAUUUGAUGAUGUUGGAAUAAUUUUUUAGAACUUAGUCAUUAAAUGCAACUUUAUGUCUGUACUGAGAAGCGCUUCACAAUUUGUGGAGAAAGGAGGUAGUCCGAAGGGACAGAAAACACUAAUUGGUUGGUUGGUCUGGAGAUGGAGAACGCUGUCUGGACAUAGAAAGUCCCCAGAUGAACAUGGGUCUUUUAGACAAUUUUCUGUAUAUAAGAGAUGAUUUGAUGUUGUGUCUGCACCAGACAGCUCAUCAUCUCAUUUCCAAAUAUUUCCCCUGUUUGACUCAUCCUAUAACAGUUACAGUGUAAGAAAACACACAUGUUGCUUUUAAUGUUUUUCAUGUAACAGUAUUUUUGAUAGAAAUACCGUGACCACAGAAAUUUCUAAUCAUUGACUAUCAUGGAUUUAUUAUGUUAUUAUAAGAUGUAAUUUGAACAUGAAUUUAAAUGGCUGGCCACCUUUGGCUAGUACUUCGACAGUUAUCCUAGCCCAGCUGAAUUGUUACUAGACUGUAGCCCACUAUAAUGUCAUUUUGUUUACACUAUCCCCAUGUAAAGUCAAUUUGAAUUGCUGUCCUGGAAGUCACAUUAAAAUGUCCUUUUUUAAUACUGAAUAAACAAUGUGAACUCCAA